GUUGGUACAUUGGGCUUGGGACUACGAAUACAACGUAGGAUUUUAAACGAUAGACGAAAGUGCCUUGUCUGGGGCUAUGUGGACUCCCCGUACCAACAGCGUGAUUUCGAAGCGCAACAUAGCCUCGCUACCCUUGUCAAGUGCUAUUUUAGUACACAUUCUAGUGGAUACCUGGCCUCUCCAUAUUCGGAUCCUUGCAGUAGGUACAGUGAUUGCGAAGAUGACAAUAUGGCGAUUGGCCAUGCUUCGAAAUAUAGGCCGGAGACUCGCCUGCUGAAACAAUCCUUGUUAUGAGUGAUGAGUGAUAAGCUAGGAUAUUUUA